AAGCAUCUGGGCUGAAUGGAAUUUAGCAUCAAAAGUCCUCUUUCUGUUCAGAAAGUUGUAAAGUACAAAAAAAUGAAGCAGGCACCGGAAAUCCUUGGCAAUACAAAUGGAAAGACUCAGAACUGUGAAGUGAAUCGUGAAUGUUCUGUAUUCCUCAGCAAAGCCCACCUCUCUACCAGUCUGCAGGAGGGGGUCAUGCAGAAAUUUAAUGGCCAUGAUGCCCUUCCCUUUAUUCCAUCUGAGAAGCUGAAAGACCUAACUUCCCGUGUAUUUAAUGGAGAACCUGGUGCUCAUGAUGCCAAAUUACGUUUUGAGUCCCAGGAAGGGAAAGGACUUGGGACACCGCCUAACACCACCCCUAUCAAAAAUGGCUCUCCGGAAAUUAAGCUGAAGAUCACCAAAACAUACAUGAAUGGGAAACCUCUCUUUGAAUCUUCAAUUUGUGGUGACAGUGCUGCUGCUGUGUCCCAGUCAGAAGAAAAUGGACAAAAACCAGAAAAUAAGGCAAGAAGGAGCAGGAAGAGAAGCAUAAAAUAUGACUCCUUACUGGAGCAGGGUCUUGUUGAAGCAGCACUGGUGUCCAAGAUCUCAAGUCCCUCAGAUAAAAAGAUUGCAGCUAAGAAAGAGUCCUGUCCAAAUACUGGCAGAGACAAAGACCACCUGUUGAAAUACAAUGUCGGUGAUUUGGUGUGGUCCAAAGUGUCCGGUUACCCUUGGUGGCCAUGCAUGGUUUCUGCUGAUCCACUCCUUCACAACUAUACCAAACUUAAAGGUCAGAAAAAGAGUGCACGCCAGUAUCACGUACAGUUCUUUGGUGAUGCCCCAGAAAGAGCUUGGAUAUUUGAGAAGAGCCUUGUAGCUUUUGAAGGAGAAGGACAGUUUGAAAAAUUAUGCCAGGAAAGUGCCAAGCAGGCACCCACGAAAGCUGAGAAGAUUAAGCUGUUGAAACCUAUUUCAGGGAAAUUGAGGGCCCAGUGGGAAAUGGGCAUCGUUCAAGCAGAAGAAGCUGCAAGCAUGUCGGUAGAGGAGCGGAGAGCUAAGUUCACUUUCCUCUACGUGGGGGACCAGCUUCAUCUCAACCCUCACGUAGCUAAGGAGGCAAGUAUUGCUGUGGAGUCUCCGGGACAAAUGGUAGAAUCCUCAGGAGUCAUUGAAGAAGCUGCUGAUAACCCCAAGUCCAUGAGAGAAGAGGGCAUUCCCAUCAAGAGAAGGCGGAGAGCCAAGCUGUCUAGUUCUGCCGAACACCAAGAAAGUGACCCUGGGACGGUAAAGAGUACUCCUCAGAAGAUGGCAGAAGCCGACCCCAAGAGAGGAGUAGGGUCUCCUCCUGGAAGGAAGAAGACCACGGCCUCUGCUCCACGAAGCAGGAAGGGAGAUGCGGUGUCCCAGUUUUUGGUUUUCUGUCAGAAGCACAGGGAUGAGGUUGUUGCUGAGCACCCAGACGCCUCAGGUGAGGAGAUCGAAGAGUUGCUUGGAUCCCAGUGGGACAUGCUCAACGAGAAGCAGAAAGCACGCUAUAACACAAAGUUUGCCCUGGUGGCCUCUUCCCAGUCUGAGGAAGACUCUGGUACCGUGAAUGGGAAAAAGAGAAACCACACGAGGAGACAGGACGCUGCAGACGCCGAGGCGGGCGACGCGGCCAGGAAGAGGCCCAGGACCGACAAGCACGGUCUCCGGAAGAGAGAGACGAUCAAUGACAAGACAGCCCGAACAAGCUCUUGCAAGGCCAUCGAGGCAGCCUCCUCGCUGAAGAGCCAGGCAGCAACGAAACAUCUGUCAGAUGCAUGCAAACCACUGAAGAAGCGAAAUCGGGCAUCCACAGCAGCGUCUUCCACUCCUUUUAGCAAAAGUUCGUCUCCUUCUGCAUCCUUAACUGAGAAUGAGGUCUCAGACGGCCCCGGAGACGAGCCCUUGGAAUCCCCGGACGAGAGCGCAGAUGAAACUCAGACCGAAGUGUCCGUCUCAUCGAAGAAGUCUGAGCGAGGAGUAACCGCCAAAAAGGAGUACGUGUGUCAGCUGUGUGAGAAGACAGGCAGCCUCGUGCUCUGUGAAGGCCCCUGCUGCGGAGCUUUCCACCUUGCUUGCCUCGGGCUCUCCCGGAGGCCAGAAGGGAGGUUCACUUGCAGCGAAUGCGCUUCAGGGAUUCACUCAUGUUUUGUGUGUAAGGAGAGCAAGACAGAUGUGAAGCGCUGUGUCGUGUCGCAGUGUGGGAAGUUUUACCACGAAGCUUGCGUGAGGAAGUACCCUCUGACCGUGUUUGAGAGCCGAGGCUUCCGCUGCCCCCUCCACAGCUGCGUCAGCUGCCACGCUUCCAACCCUUCCAACCCGAGACCGUCGAAAGGUAAAAUGAUGCGGUGUGUCCGCUGCCCGGUCGCCUAUCAUGGAGGGGACGCUUGUCUGGCAGCCGGCUGCUCGGUGAUAGCUUCCAACAGCAUAAUCUGCACGGGCCAUUUCACUGCUCGCAAGGGGAAGAGGCAUCACGCUCACGUCAACGUGAGCUGGUGUUUUGUGUGCUCCAAAGGGGGAAGCCUCCUGUGCUGCGAGUCCUGCCCGGCCGCCUUCCACCCUGACUGCCUGAACAUCGACAUGCCCGACGGCAGCUGGUUCUGCAAUGACUGCCGGGCCGGCAAGAAGCUGCAUUUCCAGGACAUCAUCUGGGUGAAGCUCGGGAACUACAGAUGGUGGCCGGCAGAAGUUUGCCAUCCCAAAAAUGUCCCCCCAAAUAUUCAGAAACUGAAGCACGAGAUUGGAGAAUUCCCUGUGUUUUUCUUUGGGUCUAAAGAUUAUUACUGGACGCAUCAGGCGCGAGUGUUCCCGUACAUGGAGGGGGACCGGGGCAGCCGCUACCAGGGGGUCAGAGGGAUCGGAAGAGUCUUCAAAAACGCACUGCAGGAAGCUGAAGCUCGUUUUCGUGAAAUCAAACUUCAAAGGGAAGCCAGAGAAUCACAGGAGAAUGAACGCAAGCCCCCGCCAUACAAGCACAUCAAGAGGGUGUGGACAGCAAGGAAGGACGGUGGGGGCGCUCCUGAAUGUGGCCCCGUGUUGACUGCAGGGAGCCUGGGCUCUGGAAGAGAUCAGGAGUGCUCCUCACAGCCGCAGCGCUUGGUGAAUAAACCUUAUGGGAAAGUCCAGAUCUAUACAGCUGAUAUCUCUGAAAUCCCGAAGUGCAACUGUAAGCCCACAGAUGAGAAUCCCUGUGGCUUUGAUUCGGAGUGUUUGAACAGGAUGCUGAUGUUCGAGUGCCACCCGCAGGUGUGUCCUGCAGGCGAGUAUUGCCAGAACCAGUGUUUCACCAAGCGCCAGUACCCCGAGACCAAGAUCAUCAAGACAGACGGCAAAGGAUGGGGCCUGGUCGCCAAGCGGGACAUUAGAAAGGGAGAAUUUGUGAACGAGUAUGUUGGCGAGCUGAUUGACGAGGAGGAGUGCAUGGCAAGAAUCAAAUAUGCGCACGAGAAUGACAUCACCCACUUCUACAUGCUCACCAUAGACAAGGACCGUAUAAUUGAUGCUGGCCCCAAAGGAAACUAUUCCCGAUUUAUGAACCACAGCUGCCAGCCCAACUGUGAGACCCUCAAGUGGACAGUGAACGGUGACACUCGCGUGGGCCUGUUUGCGGUGUGUGACAUUCCUGCAGGGACAGAGCUGACCUUCAACUACAACCUCGAUUGUUUGGGUAACGAGAAAACAGUCUGUCGGUGUGGGGCCUCCAACUGCAGUGGGUUCCUCGGGGACAGACCAAAGACCUCAACAUCCCUUUCUUCAGAGGAAAAGGGCAAAAAGACCAAGAAAAGAACCAGGAGGCGGAGAACCAGAGGUGAAGGGAAGAAGGAGUCCGAAGACGAGUGUUUCCGCUGUGGGGAUGGCGGCCAGCUGGUGCUGUGUGACCGCAAGUCCUGUACCAAGGCCUACCACCUGUCGUGCCUGGGCCUGGGCAAGCGGCCCUUCGGGAAGUGGGAAUGUCCUUGGCAUCAUUGUGACGUGUGUGGCAAACCUUCCACUUUGUUUUGCCACUUUUGCCCCAAUUCGUUUUGCAAGGAACACCAGGACGGGCCAGCCUUCAGCUCCACCCAGGACGGGCGGCCCUGCUGCUGCGAGCACGACCUGGGGGCAGAGUCGGCUCGAAGCGCCAAGACUGAGAAACCCUUUCUGGAACCCACCAAGUCCAAGGGGAAGAGGAAGAGAAGAAGGUGCUGGCGGAGAGUCAUGGAAGGCAAAUAGCGCCAGGCAGCGGCUUGGCCAGAUCCAAGGGUAGAGGGCCACGCGGGGGACUGGCCCGGAGGACCCAGCCGUGUAGGCCUCCUGGCGGGGGGGGGAGCGCCUGUCCACCACUGAGCCAUCCUCAGCAGCGCCCGCUGCGUCUGCACUGACGACCCGUCUGGGCCGCGAGGUUCAGAAGGUUCCCGGACACACAAGCCUUACUACACAGCAUUACAGCUACACUUGAAUUUCUGAGAAUGUCAAGGUCCCCUCCCACUCUAUUUUUGUAGGUUAAAGUUAUAAUUGAAAAUUAAUUGGCAUAUGAAAUGUUUCUAUCUCACCCAAAAUGUAGAGAGUAGUAUUUUUCUAAAGGAUCACUAUUAUCUCUUUAAUCUUAACAAUGUUACUUGGCCUGCUUACCUGUCUUCAUCACUCAGGAGAGACCAGGGUGGGGCCUGGGCAAGGACUCAGACCCUGGAUUCCCUGGAAACCAUGAUUUUGAUCAUUAUUUUGCUCAUAUGAAACAGCUGUAUGAUUUUUUUUUUUUUGUACUAAUGUGAAAUUUUUCCUCAAAAUGCUUCUUUUCCAUCCUAGUGAGAAGCCGGCCCCAGGAGCAGUGAUAGUGGUAGCGUUGUUGUAAGAUGCCCCCGUAGUUUGUUCUGACGUGGAUCUGGACUGAGUGGCGCCACCACGUCGGCCUCCCAAGUGUGGGGUCCGCGCGGCCCAGCCCCUCCCGACCAGGCCGGGGCUGGCGCUUCUCACCUGCCUGUCUCCUGAACGCACUCGGUUCUUGCCAACAUUUGGGGGAAGACUUUGUAUAUUUUUUUCAUUUGGCUUUUCUCUACCAGUUUCUGGCUUUUAUUCUCAAUAUAUUUUUGCUAAACUUGUUUCACAAAUUACCACCGACUGAAAUGUGUAUUUACUGAUGCGGCCCCGAGUUGUCCCAGCGAAAGGAGCGGAACUCGGUAGUGAGUUUGUGUCAAGAGAGGAGUUCGUGAAAAUGGCUCUGUAGGAGCUGUGGUGUGCCCUGUGGAACUGCAGGUGACAGUUGGGUGCAGGGCAGGUGCUCGCCACCCUGGGGACCCAGAGCACGUGGGAGACGUGCAUUUCCAAAAAAUGUUCCCUGAGGGUCUGAGGAGAGACCCAGAGUUUAGAACUGUUCCCUCUAGUUACUGCCAUUGAGUCAUACGUGUGGGUCUGUUCGUGGAAAACGUGCUCAGCUGGGACACGCCGUGGAGAAGCGCUCGCGCCGGGGCUCCGGGCCUAUACCACGGGCGCAGCAGCGGGCGGGCGUCCGGCCUGAGUUUCCCCGGGAAGAUGGCCACUAACUUUCACUUAUUAGAAGGCCCAGCCCCACAAAGUGAGAAGCUGCUGGGAAUAUGAAGUUGUCUUCUCUCUUGGAGUUCCUCUUGACUGUGGGGAGUCCGGAGCGCCCCGAGGGCAGGGGUCCCGUCAGACCACCCGUGUGCCCUCCGCGGGGACUGCAGUCUCGGUGCUUGCAAUGGGAGGGAAGGGGAUACUCAGCGGCAAACGCUGUUUUCUGCUCUUUCUUCUUAAGAUAACCUAAGGAGGACACGUAUCCUGCAGAGAAGUAUACACAGGCCUUCUUGAAAACUGCUCCUGAGGUCUCCUGCUCCUUGCACAAUUGCAGGAUGUCCUUGGACCCAGAGCCCUGUUCACGGCUUCUCCAUGGUUCUGUGACAUGAGCUCUUGGGGGUGGUGGUCUCUGCCAGGUUCUGACCGCAGGGAAGAAUCUGCUGCUGGUGUGAGGCUCCCUGGUGUCCGCAGGUCCGCGCCUCCCCCAGCACUAACAGCAGAGUUUUACCGACUGUGGCGGUCCCUUUGGUGCCUCUCCUACCGCCGUCCUGGAGAAAGGAGCCAUACACGGCGACCCAGGAAACAUGGGAUCUUGAUCAUCAGUUGACUCCUGCAUGUGGCUCAGGUGACCUCUGGAAAUGCACUUGCUUUGGUAAGACACGGGGACUGGGGGGGGGGGGGGUUCAGUCUAGAACUCUAAUUUCUCUCAAGUCGUCCUAAGAAAAUACUGGAUUGAUGUAUAGAUUUAUGCUCCUUAUUCUCUGAACAACUUGGAAGGCUGUUCCAGCAACGGGUCCGGCGGCGCUCCUACACCCUCACGCUCUGGGCCAGGGCCUGAGGCCGCGGGGUCCCUGCAGGAGUCCGCUCUCCAGAGCCCGGGGCCUGGGGUGCGGGCCACGCGCCUUGCUUGUCCUUUCCCACCAGCGAAGGGACUUCUGCCGAAGUCAGACCAUCAGACUGGGCUUGCAGUGCACUUUGGGGAGCAGAUUAACUUAUUUUUGUAUUUGACGUAGUAAAAAAUCUUGUGAUUUUUUUUGAGUCACUUUGAUAUUUUCAAAAUCUACGAUCUUUCUGAAGGAAAUACUGGAAAAAUUAUUUUAAAUAUGGUUAUUCUCUUUCCAAAAACUGUUGAACUAAUGAGCAAAUAACACUAACUUUGAAAAAUCUCUAGAAAACUGGUUUAUAAAUCAGUACAACAAGGCUGCAGCGUGGCGGCUGAGCGCCAAGGGCUCUCCCAUGGGGGCCAACGCGCUUCGCUCCGAGUCAGAGGGAGAGCUCGUGUAGGGGGAUUUGGUCUUUCUGAACAUCAGCUUCAGUCCUUUGUCACGAACACGAAGCAGAAACAAAACGAAAAUUGCCCCAACAUCUCCGGAUUCCUCCGCAUCAGGAAUGGCCGGCACUGUGGCCCCGGAGGGUGAGGUCGCGCCUGCCCGUGCCAGCACUGGUCUCCGGGUGUGGGGCCCGGGGACGUGUCCACCCUGGCACUCAUGACACGCGACCACUAGGGGAAUCGAGUGUGGCGCCCACGGAGCACGGGGGAGACUCCAUUUUGCCCCGUCCCGCAAGGAGCCGCGCGCAACACCCUGCCUCCCGGGCCUCCCAUACGCUCAGGUCUGCGCCUCGGAUGCCUCAAGUUGUGAUCCUGAUCACACAAACCACGGGGUGUGUGUAGUGCCCACCUUCCAGAACUACCGUAUUUCCGGGAAUUAAAGAUAAGCCUGUUUUGACGAAAAUUAACACAAAUGACUGUUGCCAAAUUCUCGAUCCUCCGAGCAGCAUGGUGUUGGGUGUUAGUCACUAGAGUGAAUUGCUCAUGGGCGUCGUGGUGUCCGCCGUACCCUGUUGAGAUGUGAAACGCCCUGUCAGAAAUUAAAUCUGAACUGAAACGGUCUGUCGGUGUCGGAGCUUCCUACAGGAUGAGGCCAGGCUCCUUUUAGGAACACUUGGUGCUCUCACUGGUCUGGAUAGACUUAAAAACUUGAAAUUCCUGCUGGGGGGUAACAGACUGAACUGUAGACGUGAGAACUGCCAGUCAGGGGAAAAUAGCAUUUAAAGUGGGACAUUGUGUUUGGAAAACUGUAUAUGAGUAUUUUUGUAUUAAAAUUUUUUUAAAGGC